AAACAACAACUGUCCAAAUAAUUUCCUAUUAAUUCAGCCGUUCAAAUUUUGACCCAAUAAAUUGCAUUAGAUUACACACCUCCUGGGUGAUAAGCUACAAGCGGCUGAUAAUUUGCAUUCCAUUGAGGUGAGGCUUUGCACUUGGCAAUCGUAUGUGAUGUACAUGGAACAUUGCAGGGCGUCUCUUCUUCAAUUCCAUCACAAACCAACGAGCAAAGCAUAUCCCAAUGCGAAUUCGUGUAGAUUUGUUAGCAAGAACGAAAUUAAACAAACUUCCAAAGUAAUGAAGAUGGGACUGGCUGUGGCCUUGGCGUGGCAAUUGGGAUGUGGAACUACUAUUGCCUCUCAGCUUGAAAAAGACCCAGUUCAACCCUUUACUAUAUAUGGCAGCAUUUCGUAGCAAAAAGUACUGUAUAGAGCAGCUGGUUGACGGAAAGGUGAUUGGCAGGAAGAAGGGUCUCACUGCCAAUGUUUGUGUAAAUGCAUUGGAAACCAGCAGGGAGACUCUUGAACUUCAACGUUUACCAAUUGAUGUAAAGGUAUUUUUAACUUGUUUUGGGCACUGGAUAUUCCAUCUGUUCAGAAAGGUAAAUAUAAUUGGCGACCCAUCUUGUGAAAAGGGUGAAGGACAAACGAAGGAGGAUUCUUGUAUUGUUCCUUGUAAAAAGGCCUGCAAUGUUGCUAUUUCUCGCCAUUUGGCAGGAGUUAAGAAAGAAACUGGCUACAUUUUAGAUGAAACAGAUAUGUCCAAAGUUGUUGACUCAUGCUCCACCCGUUGUUUCAAUGAAUGUUUAAAGUCAGGGAAGAGCAUAUCUUUUGUCUAUAUAUAUAGACCUCCUCGGUAAGCCUGGAUGGGAGCAUGCACACUUGAUGGGCAGCCUCCCUUCUAUCAAUUUUGAAUUUCUAAUGGGGAUAAUGUUGAAGCAAGUUGCUCUGGACUUUAAUGAAAGAAAUACAAUGUCUAAGCUGGCUACUAAAAGUAUUUCAAGUGUUUUAUGUACUGGUAACCACAUUUGCGGUUGUGGUACAAUCAACCUUAUAGAGUAAUCUAUAUUCCAUCUUCUCUCUUGUGUAGUUUGGGUAUAAUUAUGUACAAUCUCUUCAUCAUAUUGAAGUGAUCACCAUUAUCUACUACAGAUAAGAAAGAAUCAAUGAAUGUAGUCAAGGGAUAAUGUCUCUCCGACUCUCUGUACAUGAAAUGUAAGUUCUUAAGAAUGGAUUUGUAGAAUUACCUUGGAUAGGGCCAUUUAAAAUAUUAUAUGAAACAAUGAUUCGUAUCUA